ACAGCACUGCUACUCCCUCACCACUACAAUCUGAAGAGAGUGAAAUGCAGUCUGCAAUGAAAGUGGCUUCAGAGCAUACACCAGGGCGAAGAGGAAGGAAACCAGGAAGAAAACGGAGACAGGAGCUCCUUCAGUCAGCUUUUAAACUAGCUGUGCAAAAUGUUGUGGCAGCUCCAUCUAAAAUUGUUUUACCGCUGAAAAUACCCAAAAAGAGAGGACCAAAGCCUGGAAGCAAGAGGAAGCCUCGUAUUCCACCAAAUCCUCCACCCAUCUCGCCCACCUUAAGCACUCCAGAGCCAGAUACCAGCACCAUCCCCCAGGAUGCAGCGACCGUUCCCAGCUCAGCGAUUUCGCAAGCACUGACAGUUUGCAUAUAUGUCAACAAACAUGCCUGUGCUGGGCCACAUCUUGAUAAGAAGAAGUUGCUGCAGCUACCAGACCAUUUUGGCCCUGCCAGAGCAUCCAUGGUCCUUCAACAGGCUGUCCAAGCAUGCAUUGACUGCGCCUAUCAACAAAAGGCAGUAUUUUCAUGUCUGAAGCAAGGCCACGGAGGAGAGCUGAUAUCAGUCACAGCAUCGUUUGAUGGAGAACAGCACACACUGAGUCUGCCAGCAGUCAACAGUAUUGUCUUCAUUCUGCGCUUCCUGGAGAAUCUAUGUCACAGUUUGCACUGUGACAAUCUAUUCAGCAGUCAACCAUUCACCAUGUACAAUGCAACUUCUCAGACACCUGUGGAAUAUGUACACGAGAGAAUGCACACAGAAUCUGUGAUACCAGAGGAUGACCUCAUUGGAACUAUAGAAACCAGGUAUAGUGUGGACUCAAUGGAUUCUCCUGUGCACUUGAUGAAUCCCUCCAGCCCAUCAAGGCGUAACUCUGGAGAAUACAGGAGUGCAGGGUCUGCACCCUAUAACUACCGCUCAUCCUAUCAGUCUUCCAAUGGACCUCCUUCAGCAGGCCUGCGGCGCCUCUCCUCCAGCCCAGGUGCAGGAGGGACCUUUUAUGAAUCAAAAGGAAGAAGUAAUACAGCAUCCAGUCCUGCCUCAGGCUCUGAACGACACAUGCUUUCUCAGGACUCUCUACGGUCAUUGAGCAGGCAUCCAUCUACCUGGACUGUGGAAGAUGUGAUGCGUUUUGUCAGAGAAUCUGACCCUCAGGCUUUGGGUCCACAUGCCGAGCUUUUCAGAAAACAUGAGAUUGAUGGCAAUGCUUUGAUCUUGCUGAAGAGUGACAUGAUAAUGAAGUACAUGGGACUGAAGCUGGGCCCAGCCCUGAAGCUCUGCUACCACAUUGAUAAACUGAAACAGAGCAAAUACUAAACCAAGAUGUGAACGGGAGCAGAACGAGCAGAUGACAAGUCAUUGUUUUAUUUUUAUUUUCUUUCUGUGAAAGUGCACCAGCACUCUGAAAUACUUCCUACUA